CGAAGUUUCGUGUUUUAAAAACGAAAACGAGUUGAAAAUAACAUUUCUUAUCAUUAAAAGUGAUUGAGAGUGAGUGUUAAGGUGAAAUCAAUUUAUAUUGGUCAAGGGAUCACCCUUAUUUUGGUGAUUUUCCGAAAACGAAAAUAUUCCUCGUGAAAAAAAGCGAAUAAAAAUUUCUCGAGCAUAAAAACUGAACUCGAAGAUUUUAUAAAACAAAAAACAUUAAAAACUAUUCACUGUUAUCAGUUCGUGUUGAGGAUAAAAUCUAGAUAUUCAAGUCCAUCAAAAUUCCGGCCCCAACCAGAGAUAGAAGGGAUCAUUCUCCUGAAGACAUGAUGAAUAAGAACAACAGAAAAACUAAUAAUGCUAGCCGUCCUUCGCAGGCAGGACCAGGCUCAAGAUCAAGACCUCAACCUGCUGAAGGCGUCUAUAAUAAUUCACAUUUCCUGCAUGCCGCCACUUCGCAAGUAGGCAACAAUGUUUGUGUCCAGACAAAAGGCGGUGUCAUUGUUGAGGGAAUUUUUAAAGCAUUUUCUGAGAACUUCUCCGUUGCCCUUGAAGUUCCUCAUCGGUAUAAAAACGAUGCUGAUGAUAAAAAUAUUAAUGUAGAAACAGUUCAAGAUAAUUUAAUUAUUAAACUGUGCGACAUUGUUACAAUGCAUGCCAAAGAUGUUGAUUUAGAUUAUGCGAUUCGCGAUACGUUUCAAACUGAUACAGCAAUUUCAUCGCGUUUAAAUGGCGCAUUGCGUAAUAAGGAGAAGACAUUACAGCCUUGGUUGGACGGUGUUGAUGCUGUAAAUGGCGAUAUGGGAAUCAGUCUCGAAUUGGACUCACAAACCAAUGGGUGGGAUGCAAAUGAAAUGUUUCAAUUAAAUGAGAAGGAGCAUGGCAUUAAAACCACAUUCAAGGAUAAUUUGGAGAAUUACACAGUACAACUUGAGAAGAAAGAUACAAUAGACUUCCGAAAGCAAGAAUUGGAAGCCGAGCGCAUCGCAAAUGAGAUCGAAAGUAAUCCUGUCACAAAAGAUCGUUUGGAUGUUGAGAAUGGGGAUGAAGAAGCAGCUUUUGCUGCUGUCAGUCGUCCAUCAGAGGAGAAUAAUUCAACAAAUAGCAACAGCAAUAAUAAUAAUGAAAAGAUGACACCACCACCAUCAGCAUCAGCUUCGUCACAGAAAUAUAUUCCUCAACAGAAACGUAACGAUCGUAAAAUGAUGACGACAAAUACGAAGCCGAUGUAUUCAAAGGCAAUGCAGUCAUCAGGACUGAACAAUCCACAUGGGGGAAUACAAUCAAACACUGGACCACAACCAGUUCAACAAACAAUCAACGCUGUUACAAGUCAACACAUGGGAAAGCCACCAACGAUGGGAAUUCACAUGCCACCUCCACAUCUUCAAAAUGUUGCUGAUGGUCAGCAAACAAUUCAUGUUGUGACACAACACCCGGUUGUGUUGCCACCGCCGACAGCUGUUGUUGUUCCAACACUUCACAUGCAUCCAGCACCACAACCGCAACGUCCACAACGUGAUCCAAUGAUGCGAUCACGAAACGAUGAAAUUCGUUCAUUGAGAACUUUUCAUAAUGAUUUUUCACUCGGCUCGUCAGCUCCACCGGGUCAACAGCAAAAUGUUCCACCUCAAGUGCCCAAUUCACAGCAGCAACAACAACAGCAAGCUGCUGUGUCACAACAACGACCGGAUAUGCAAGAUAAUGGACAAAAUCCAAUGUCACAUCCACCGCCAUCAACACAAAACAUUGAAAUGGGAAAAGUUCAACAGCAACAACAACAUUCAAGUGGAGUUGGUGGUAAUAAUAAUAAUAAUAACAAUAGUCAACAUCAUAAUCAGCAACAUCAUCCAACUCCAUCGUCGACGCCUCAUGCCGAUAAAACGCAUGGUCAAAGCUCAACAACGCCACCUCAAGCGACAACACCUCAAAAUAGUGUAAAUAAUGUAAAUAAUAGCAGCAAUAGCAGCAUCAGCGUUGGUAACAACUCAAAUUCAAAUGAAACAACACCGCCGUCUUCAUCAUCUUCAUCAUCGUUAAACGAUAAACUUUCAUUGGGAGGAACAAAGAAAUUUACUUUGAAUCCACAAGCAAAGCCAUUCACUCCACGUAGUCCAAGUACACCGACACAGUCGAGACCAACGCCUCCACCAAUGGCUGUGCGAAGUAACAAAUUCCAACCUUUUCAAGUAUCACAAGCAACUGGACAACCAAUUUUCAAUCCUCCAGUUCAUCCUCAAGUGAUGCAAGCUUACAAUCCACAUGCACAUCAAAUGCAGACAGUUCAGUCACAGUCAUAUCCAUCAACAGCGAUUAGAAUGUAUCCUGGUCAUGAUGGUCAGCAGCAAGCUCAUAUAACUUCAUAUUUGGUGCCAACACCACCUUCAACAACACCAUCGCCUGGUCAACCACAUCAACCGACUUUCCAUCCUGGUCCACAACCAUCGCCAGCUGCUGGUCCACCACAACAAGGCUUUCCCCCACAAGGACAAUAUGUCAUGUUUAUGCCAAGCUACGCUGCUCCACAAUUUGUUAAUUCCAAUCAACAUAAUCCACAACAAUUACAAGUUGUUAUGUCCCAACAGCAACAGCAUUCGGCCCAGUAGCACGCUCUUGAUGGUGAAGUGAAAUUGAUGACUGCAAAUAAGAAAUUUAAGCAUAUGAAAAUCGAACCAUCAAUGACACAACAGCAACAACAACCGUCUCACCAUCAGAAUCAGCAGCAGCAAAGUAAUAAUAAUAAUAUUAAUAAUAAUCAACAUCAUCAGCAUCAUCAUCAUCAUCAUCAUCAUCAACAACAUCAACAACAACAGCAUAAUCAUAAUCAUAAUAGUAAUCAUUACCAUACAUCGACGAUGCAUCGCAAGUCAUCAUCGUCAUCAUAUUAUAGUCAUCAUGUUGGUCAUUGAGAGAGCGAAAAUUAGCGCGAGAGAGAGAGAGAAAGAAGAAUCUUUUAAUAGGAAAAUUUGGGAAAAUUUAAAGAAGAAAAAGAAAUUCUCUCAACAAAAAAGCAAAUCGUAUGAAAAUUUUUGUUUUUCUUUUAGUUCUUGUUUUUGUAAAUUCUUAUUACUUAAAGAAAAAAAAAAGGAAAGAAAUAUUGAUGAUGAUGAAAUGCGAAGAAAGAAGGAAAAAGAGAUAAAUUAAUAAUUUUACUGCCGCAUGUGUAGUGAAAGGAAAAAAAAUGAAAAAAAUUUCUGUUGAUAAGAUUUAACUUGAAAGAGAAAUUAUAAUUUACGAUAGAAUCGUUCCCUUAAGUAGCUUCCCAUAAUUUCUUCUUCCCCCCGGAAAAUUUCUUGAGAAAUAAAACAAUAAGAGUCGAAUGAUUCCUGUUGAUUUCAUUUUUCUUCUUCGCACUUAAAGCUUUUUUUUCUUUCCAUUUCUUAUCACCAUGAAAAUAGUUUUUAGAUAAGCAUAGGAAGAAAGAAAAAAAUAAUUGACAAUGUUAUAUAAAUGGCGAAAAAGAAACGCGAAUGCGUAAAAUGAUAGACUUGAGAAAUUAAUUAAUUUAAAAAAAUGGGGAAAUCUACUCAAGCCGCCUCCACAAACUUUCUUUUUUUCAAUUUGAAACUGUGUAAAAAUUGAAUCGAUUUAAAUAAAAGAAAAAGAGACAAAAAAAUGUGCGAGUAAUUGAAAAAUUAAAUUAUAUUAAAAAUUGACAGAAAAAAUUGCUUAUUAGAUGAAAGAUUACAAUUCAUCGACGAUAAGCAAGAAAGUUGUGAAUGUUUUUCAUACAUAAAAUAAAAAUCAAAAAAAAAAAUGUGAAAAGGAAGCAAGAAAAAAAUCAAAACUGUGACAGAAUUUUGGCGGCAAAUCAGCGAAAAAUAUCCAGAAAAUGAAAUAAAUGUGAAUCCUGGAAGGAAAACAAGCACGAAGGUAAAUAAUCGGAUGAGAUAAUCUCAGGAUCAGUGAAAAACUUUAUUUUAUUCUCAAUAAAAAG